AUGGACAAGCCGAAAUCAAACUGCGAAGAAAAUGUCUCUGAUCCGACAGCUGAUGAAAGCGCCCCUACAGAGCAGCCAGUCCCCUCAGAGGGGGAGUCUGAGGCCCCUUCUGCUGCAGAGGACACGUCGGACACUGCUGCUGCCACUUCCAACACACAUGUGGAGAGCAGCGUGAGGGCUUGUGCUCUCUGUAACUGCGUGGAGCGCAGCUUGCAUGGACAACGGGAACUCCGACAUUUUGGGCCAUCUUCCUCCCGGUCGGCCCUUGAGCCCGCAGCUUCAUCACUGCCAGGGCCUGGGAACGAUGACCUUUCUUCCAUCGGAUUCUCCAACUCCGACGCAUCCUGUCUGGCAGCACAGUUGGAGGACAAAGGGGGUUGCUGGGUGCAUCACUGGUGUGCGCUGUGGUCAGAUGGGGUGAAGCAGGCGGAGGAGGCUGAGGAGGAGCUGGAGAAUGUGGACAAGGCCGUCAUCUCAGGGACACAGCGGCUGUGUGAAUAUUGCAAGCGUCUGGGUGCUACCAUCCGCUGCCAUGCUGAGGGCUGCUCACGGUUCUACCACUUCCCCUGCUCUGCUGCCAGCGGCUCCUUUCAGUCCAUGAAGCUGCUGGCUCUCCUCUGUCCAGAGCACAUAGACAAGGCUGAGGAGAUGGCGGGUGAGGAGGCACGGUGCGCCGUCUGUGACUCUGCCGGGGAGCUGCUGGACCUACUGUUCUGUACGGGCUGUGGGCAGCACUACCACGCCGCCUGUCUUGAGAUCAGCGCCACGCCCAUACAGAGAUCAGGGUGGCAGUGCCCAGAGUGUAAAGUGUGCCAGACAUGCAGGCAACCAGGGGAAGACUCUGUGAUGUUAGUAUGUGAUGCCUGCGAUAAGGGCUACCACACCUUCUGUCUCCAGCCAGCCAUGGUCUCUCUUCCCUCCGACACAUGGAAGUGCAGAAGGUGUCGGGUGUGUACGGACUGUGGUGCUAAUGGUCUGACGCAGCCCGGCUCGGCCCAGUGGUUUGACAACUAUGCCGUGUGUGAGGCCUGCCAACGUACCCGCAGUUCUACGUGUGGCGUCUGCGGCAAAGUCUCGGAACCACCAGUCACUCUGCCGCGUUGUAUCACCUGCAACAGGUGGGUGCACAGUGAGUGCUCCUCUACGUCGGAGCCACCUGAGGAAAAGUGCAUCUGUUCGCUCUGCCGAGACAGAGAGCCUGCGCCAGACCCUGUCACACAGACUGACGGACAGACGGACACAAUGGAGAUGCAGCCCACAGAGGCGGGGUCUGAGGUGACGAUAGAAGGACGGACGGACACCGUUGCCGAGAUGACAAUCCAGACGGACGCAGCAGCUGAAGUUCCGAUGGAAAGGCAGACGGACGUGUCUGAGGAGGUGACGAUAGAACAGGCGGAGACCAAGACGAACGAGGAGGUGCCCAUGGAGCUGGGGACGGAGGCUAAAGUGGUAGAAACGACUGAGAGCACCAUGGAGGCGGGGCCUCAGCUGGAAACGGAGGUAGUCCCUACAGAACAGCCCAUGGUCCAGGCUGAGGUUACAGAAGAAUGUCAAACAACCGAACAAAAGGAGGCUCCUAGUUUACCUGUGGCUGUUGCGGAAGAGAGAACAGAGGAUGCUUCCAACCAGAUGCCCCAUCCCCAGGUCAGCUAUGUCCCUGUCCUUGAGUCUCCGGAGUCACCAGAACAGCAACCACCGCAGUCACCAGAACCAGCACCAGUAGUGCAGCUCGGCCCUGACCACAGAAAGGAGAAGGAGAGGGAGGAGGAGGUCAAGCCCUCAACAGAGCAGCAGUCUACACAGGAGGAGGAGAAGAUAAGCGGUGAGGGCAUGUCUACCACCAAGCCAUCCAUUUGGGACUCGCCAGAGUCACCGACCCCUCCCAUGCAAGAGGCGGAGCAUGUUUCCAUGGACACAGAUGAGGCUGGGCUAAAGGAGGAACGCUCAGGGUCUCCCAUUCCUCCUGCUCCACAGGCCGACACACAGGAGGCUGCUCCUUCUACUGUGGACAUGGAGGACAGGGGGACUCACUCUGAGGAGGAGGAGGAGGAGUUUGUAGAAGAAGAGGAGGAGCAGCAGGGGAAGGAGGCAGACGGAGAGGGUCAUCAUAGUCAUCACAGAAGGGUCAAGAUCAAGCAGGAGCCCCAGGACCCCACGGAGGAGCAGGAGGAGACGAAGCCUGAUCAACUCCUCCUGGAUGAGAUGUCCAACCAGAGCCACCAGAGUCACGGGGACGAGAGCAGCUCUGGCUUCCUGGGCUCCCCGGCCGAGAACGAGGCUGAGGCAGAGCCUGACGCACAGCUGUCCAUGGAGCUUAGCCUGAUGCCCACCGGACGCUCGCGUUCCGACUCCCUGCUCACUGAGACGGACGACUCGCUGCCCUUUGACCCCCUCAAACCAGACGGGGAGAAGAAGAGGAGAGGCUCUCCGGGACGCUCCCGGGUCAAACAGGGGCGGGGCAGCAGCAGUUUCCCGGGGAAGCGGCGCCCUCGCGGUGGUGGCGGUGGGAGGGGCCGUGGUGGAAGGAACCGCCUCAAAGCCAUGGCCUCCUGCAUCGACGCCUUCCUGGUGACAGCAGACACUGGACUGAGUAAGGAGGAGGAGGAGGGGGAGGAAGAUGAGGCUAUGCAGAACACGGUGGUGCUCUUCUCCAACACCGAUAAAUUCGUCCUGCUUCAGGACAUGUGUGUGGUGUGUGGCAGUUUUGGGAAGGGUGUGGAGGGGCAGCUGUUGGCAUGUGCUCAGUGUGCCCAGUGUUACCAUCCAUACUGUGUGAACAGCAAAAUGACUAAGAUGAUGCUGCGUAAGGGCUGGCGUUGUCUGGAAUGUAUCGUGUGUGAGGUGUGCGGCAAGGCCUCGGACCCGGCCCGCCUGCUGCUGUGUGACGACUGUGACGUCAGCUACCACACCUACUGCCUGGACCCACCCCUACACACUGUACCCAAGGGGGGAUGGAAAUGCAAAUGGUGUGUGAGCUGUAUGCAGUGUGGUGCCAGCAGCCCGGGGUUCCACUGUGAGUGGCAGAACAACUACACCCACUGUGGCCCCUGUGCCAGCCUGGUCACCUGCCCUGUCUGCAGGGAGAACUUCAUGGAGGAAGAGCUGCUGCUGCAGUGCCAACACUGUGACAGAUGGGUGCACGCGGUGUGUGAGAGUCUGUACACUGAGGACGAGGUGGAGCAAGCUUCUGAUGAGGGCUUUGCCUGCACCUCCUGCACUCCCUACGUCCCCAAACCCAUAGGUAAAUAAAAGAACCAGGUUGUCAUCAACCCUCGCUCCUCCCUGUCCCACCCAGAGCGUCAGUUCUACCGGUUGGAGGGAGUGUGGCUGACUGAGACGGGCAUGUCCCUGCUGCGUAGCAUUUCUAUGUCUCCCCUACACAAGAGACGGCAGCGGCGUUCCCGCCUGGAUAUGCUGUGUGGCGACGGAGGGCAUGACGGCAUUGAGCUACGAGACGGCGAGGGAGACGGGGACGAGGGAAAAGGCUGUGGGGAGCCCAUGGAAUGUGAGACCGGAGCCCCUGGUGUAAAACAGGAGCCUCCAGGGAGCCCAGACAGAGAGCUGGGAGCAGAAGGAGGUGGUGAGGGGAUGGAGGAGGGCCUCCUCAAAGGAGGAGUAGAGGAGACUGACGAGGGGAAGAAGAGGAAGAGGAAACCCUACAGACCAGGGAUCGGUGGCUUCAUGGUGCGCCAGAGGAAGUGUCACACGCGGAUGAAGAAAGGUCUGUUCCCCCAUCUGUCUCAUCUGGCUGGAGACGGGACAAUUACUACAGAUGGACGGACGGGAGAGAAACCAGCCCUAGAGGAAGGCAAGUUACAAACUAAGCCAGCUGAGGGAGAGGGGGAGCAGGCCAAGAAACGACGAGGCAGGAAGAAGAGCAAACUGGAGGACAUGUUCCCAGCGUACCUGCAGGAGGCGUUCUUUGGUAAACAACUGAUGGACCUGAGUAAGAAGGCUCUCCUGGUUCCCCCAGGACCGAGGCAUCAUGGUGCCAUGGGUCUCCUCCGACCUCCACUGCCCCAUGCACCUGGGGCCAGACCCACCGCACCUGACGCAACGGAGGCCAGGGAGCGAGCGAUGGGGUCUGGGAUGCACCUGAAGCAGGAGGGGGGUGAAGGAUCCCAGGCUCAGGGCGAGGGAGCAGGGUCGUCUUCGUCUGUCAAAGAACCGAGUUCGACGGACCCUCAAGGCUCCGACACGGAGAAGAAUGAAGGUCUUCCUCAGGGCAUGGAGAGUCAGGACUCUGAGCAGUUCUUCAGGAAGGUCCUGGGAACUUCAGAGGGGGCCUCUUUAGGAGGGUCUCUACAGAGCAGCAUGAGGCCCAUCCUGGAGGGAGUCAAGGGGGAGAUGAACCGCAGUGGUCUGCCACAGAGGAGCCUCCUCACUGGGUCGCUGCCCUCAGCUGGUGUGAUGGACUCCUUCCCUGGACUCUCUCAGUCUCCGUUCUUUGACAUGCGGGACCGGGCAGGUCUGUUCAGUCCAGACGGGGGAGAGGAGAGCCCAUGGGCGACCCCCUCCACCCCUGCCACACCCUCCACUCCCCCUACCCCCGGCGAGGCAGAUGGAGACGGGCUGUCCUAUAACCAGCGCAGCCUCCAGCGCUGGGAAAAGGACGAGGAGCUAGGAGAGAUGUCCACCAUCUCCCCUGUACUCUACGCAAACACAAACUUCCCCACUCUCAGGCGGGACUAUCCAGACUGGUCCAGUCGGUGUAAACAGAUCAUGAAGAUCUGGAGGAAGGUUUCAGCUGCAGACAAGGUUCCUUUUCUGCAAAAGGCCAAAGACAACAGAGCAGCUCAGCGGAUCAACAAGGCACAGAAGCAGGCAGAGAGCCAGGUGUGUCGGCCCAUCAAGACAGAGGAUGAUGAUGGUGUUCGGGUCAAAGGUGAACGUCCAAGCCUGCACCUCCAGAUCCCGCCGCCCUCAGGUUCUGUCUCCAACCCCUCCCAGCCCAGCUCGGCAGAGAGCCCCUUCCCCUUCCACCCCGACUCGGGUUCCUCUUCCGUUUUCUUCCCCGACGGUCCUCUCAAGACCCCACGCUCGGCAUCGGCAGAUAUGAGGACAGAUCCCUUUGCCAAGCAGCCUCCCCAGUCCCCCCACCCCUCUCACCACUCCCACCCCUCCACCCCAUACUCCUCCCAUCAGGCCGCCUCCAGCCCCAUGCUGGGCCAGGCCUCUUCCUCAGGUUACCCCCAUCCUGGCCCGCAGGGCCCUCUUCAGGGACGGCCGGCCAGCCUCGGCCCCUUCGACAUGCACCCAGGGACUCCCCGGCGGGCCCAGCAGGUGGACCCAUUUUUCAGGCCACAACAACAGAUCCAGUGUCACCUGCCCCAGUCACAGCAGGGCUCUCAGGAGCACCUAGGCCCCCCAGAAAGCCCUCGGUCCAGGGGUGGAGGGCCUGGGGACUCCCCUCUCUUCUCCCCGCCCCACACCACCCACUAUGGAGACCCGUUUCGAGGCCAGCAGCAGGGGAUGGGGCGUCCAGAAUACGGUUCCUCCCCCUCCCAUGUGUCCUCACCUGCCGGGAUGGGACAGGGGCAGUACAGGGCUGAUAUGAGUGGGGGACCCUCUCCCCGCUCCUCCUCCACGGGACGCCAGGACCUGAGUAACACGGGCUCCCCUGCAGGGAUGCUGGACUCUGGGGAUGGCUUGUUCAAGGCUCCCAUGACGCCCCGGAUGCACCAAGGGGACAGCGGGGUGGUACUCCACCCUGGAGCCUCACCCAACCACCACUCUGAGGGCUACCGCCAGUCCCCCUCUACCCCGUUUCAGGACCCCUAUGCCCAGCCUCCUCUCACCCCCAGACCCCAGUCUGGGGAUAGCUGCUCCCCCCUCCCCCAGAGGCAUCCCCAGGCCCAACAGGAGUCCUGCCCCAGGGUCCCCUCCAGCCCCCAGUCACAAGGCAGCUCCCAGUCCCCCCUCACUCCUGGAGCCCUCUCCAACGAUGCAUUCUCUGUCCAGUCCCCGGCAUCCAACUCGCGCUUCCAGUCGCCUGACCCCUACUCCCAGCCCCCCCCGCGCCCCCAGUCCAGGGACCCCUUUUCUGCUUUGCACAAGCCCCCCCGGCCCACCUCCACUGUUCCAGAGGGCACCCCCAGCUACAGAGGCUCACCUCACCCCAACCAGCCUCUUUCACUCACCCCGUCCUCCACCCCUGUCGGGGACCCUCUCUCUGGGAAGCCCUCUGGGUUCAGCCGGGGCCCUAACAUGGCCUAUCAGAUGGCCCAGCAACAACUCCUCCAGCAGCAGCAGCAGCAGCAGCAACAACAACAACAGCAGCUCCAGCAGCAGCAGCAGCAACAGCCCCAGACUCAGGCCAUGGGUGCCAACUUCCACUCCAGGAUGCCUCCCCAGCAGGACCCCACAGCCCCCCAACCCCCGGAUGCACCUCAACCCCAGGGGACUAUGUCCGGCGCCCAGGAGAUGCCUGACAUGUCAGCGGUUCAAGAUCCUUCACUACUGGACCUCAGCCCCUCUGAGCUGGAGAAGCAGAGACAGAAACUGAGGGAGUUGUUGAUCCGACAGCAGAUGCAGCGAAACUCAAUCCGGCAAGAGAAAGAGGCUGCAGCAGCCAGCAGUGCUGCCCCCUGUUGGCCUGGAGGAGACAUGGCAGCCUAUCAGCCCGACAAAGCCCGCCGUGCUCCACCACCCUACCCACAGGACCGUGCUGCUGCUGGUGCCCAGGCAGCAUUGGCAGGGAAGAUGGAUGGUGGCCGUUUGCCACCCCCAGGAACCCCUGCUAUGAUGGACCCCAACCAGCUCAGACAACCAGGGCCCCCCAACCCCCAGGGCAUGUAUAGUCGACCUCCGUUCCCUGGCCAGUGGCAGCAGGGCCCGGGUCCCCGUCGGUUCCCCCAGCCUGGCAUAGAGGGUGUGGGCCCCAGGCACAACCUCAACGCCCCCCUCAACAUGCAGCCCGGCAUGGACCCCGGAGGACCCCCACCACAGUUCAUUGAGCUGAGGCACAACUCUCAGAGGCUUCCCCUGGGGACCCAGUUUCUCCAACGUGGGCCCCAGCAACGGCCGCGUCUCUAUAUCCCCCAGCAGCAGGAAAUGGCCCCCGGCCAGUUUAUUCAUCAUCCAAUGCAUCAGGGUAUGGACCCUCAGACAGAGGGGGUUAGAGACUCACGGCUGGGGCUACAGCAGGGUGGUAUGAGUCUAUUACUGCCACAGCAGAGCACUGGCCUCUCACAGCAGCAACCCCAUCUCCAGCCCCACACAGGCACUUCCCAGGUCGCUAACGCUCCCAGUUCUCACUCUGGGCAGCAGCAGCACCAGCCUCCCCAGAACUCCACAGAGUCCCAGGCUGGAGCUUUGGGGGACCCUAAUGUUGAUCUCCCCGAGCCUGACCUGGAGGAUCCGUUUGCCCCCAAAAGGCUAGGGAAUGCCCCCGGGGAUGGAGGAAUGGAAGAUGAGGAUGACCUGGCUCUGGAUCUAGACCCUGAUAAGGGUGACGACGACCUGGGUAACCUUGACAACCUGGAGACCACAGAUCCGCACCUAGACGACUUACUCAACAGUGACGAGUUUGACCUGCUGGCUUAUACGGACCCCGAGCUGGACCAAGGGGACCCGAAGGAUGUGUUCUCGGACCAGCUGCGGUUGGUGGAAGCAGAGGGUGAAACACCAGGUACCUCUGGAGCUCAGGACAUCAAAGUGGAACAGAAACCAAAAUUGGAGGAAAACCCAAUCUCAAACACGGGGGGCUCCACGUUGUCCACAACACCCCAUCCCUCCUCCUCGAAGUCUGCCGACACCUCCAGGAUCAAGCUCGAGCCAGGCCAAGCGGUGGUGAAGGAUGAGAUGGGAGAAGCAGUCUCCAUGCUCCUUCAAACAAACAAAUCCUCCACUCAACCAGAGAACCAGGGUGCCUCUCUGAGCUCUGUGCGGUUAGGGGGGCUCCCAUACCCUCUUCCUGGUCAGGCUGACUCCUUAUCCUCUCUGGGGGAGGACCCUUUGGGGCUGCCCGAUGGAGGGGGACAGCACUCCCCAGCCGUGGAUCUAGACAAAGUCGAGAGCUCCCUGGAAGCCAGCGAGCUUCCCUUGCUGAUCCAGGACCUGCUGGAGCACGAGAAGAAGGAGCUCCAGAAACAGCAGCAGCAACAGCAGCAGCUCAGCUCCCUCCACCAGGGGGCGAUGAGGGCUCACAUGGGAGGCCACCCCAACCACCAGGGGGGUCCUGGACAUAUCAUGCUGACCCAGCACCACCGCCCCCAACCCCAGGGUAUGAUGGGACAGCCAGGUAUGGUGCCACGCCCUCCACACCUCCUGCAGCAGCAAAGGAUCAUGGGACAACCAGGGAUGACGCCACAGCACAUGGCUGCCAUGGCUCAGCAACAAGGCAUGAUGAGGAUGGGGCAUCCUGGGGGAAUUCACCCAGGACUCAAUCCGCAGCAGCAGCAGCAGCAGCAGCAGCAACAACAGAUUAAACAGUCAACUCUGGCUGAUAACUUCUUCCCUGAUAAAGAUCUAGACAAGUUUGUGACUGACGACAUCAUGGAUCCCAUCGCCAAGGCAAAGAUGGUGGCACUGAAGGGCAUCAAGAGAGUGUUGGCACAGGACCCAAUGGGGGUACCCUCUGGAAUCAACAGACAACAGGUCUCUCUGUUGGCCCAGAGACUAGCGUCGGCACCAGGAUCAGGAGACACACAGGGUCAACUCGCAUCUGGCCCAUCUAAGGAAGGGGAAUGCAGUGACCCAACACAAUCGAGACCCAACCCUCCCCAGUUUGUACAAGGGAUCAUCAACGAUGCAGAGCAGCACCAGUAUGAAGAGUGGCUCCUGCACACCCAGCAGCUGCUGCAGAUGCAGCUCAAGUUCCUGGAGGAGCAGAUCGGAGCUCACCGCAAGUCCCGCAAGGCUCUGUGUGCCAAGCAGCGCACUGCCAAAAAGGCAGGCCGUGAUUUCGCCGAGGCUGACGCAGAGAAACUCAAAUUGGUCACCGAGGAGCAGAGCAAGAUCCAGAAACAACUGGACCAGGUGCGAAAGCAGCAAAAGGAACACACCAACCUGAUUGCAGAGUACAGGAGCAAGCAGCAGCAGCACCAGCAGGGCUCUAGUCUCCUGGCCCCAGGGCCCUCCACCCAGGGGACCCACUUGCUCUCCAAGAUGCCCGGGCAGAUGAUGAUGGGUCAGCAAGGAGGUAUGCCCGUCAGAAUACCCCCACAGGGGCAGCCGUUCCUAGGAGGAGGCCAGCACCCUGGAGCUCUGGGAGUCAGAUCCCCUGGUCCUCCUGUUGGUCCUCCUGUUGGUCCUCCUGCAGGGUUCUUCCCCCAGGGUCCAGGAGGAGUCCAAGGGGCAGACCCAAGACUUCUCCAAGAGAGACAACACAGGAUGCAGAUCAUUCAGAAACUACAACAGCAGCAGCAGCAACAACAGGCAAUGAUGCAAGGCCAGCAGCCCAUGCCACAUCCAGGUGUCCAACCAGGUAUGUUGCCACAGCCAAGCGUCAUGGGUAACUCUCUGAUUAGUCAACAACAACCAAACCUCCAACAGGGAAUUAUGCCCAACCAGGCCAUGGUGCCCCAGGGUAUGGUACCAGGGCAGGCUGUGGCCCAGCCAGCUCAGACCCUGAUGGGAGGGCAGGCUAUGAACCAGCCUCCAGGCAUGAUGGUUGCUCAGCCGGGCAUGAUGGGGGCCCAGCCAGGCAUACAGCAGCAACAGAGGCCUCAGGUCCUAAUGGGCCAGCAGGGAGUAGUGGGACCCCCUCAGCACCAUGGACUCAGAGGACCCGGCCAGGCCCAGCUCACACCUCAACAACAACAAAUCCUGGCCCAGCGCAUGUUGGCGCAACAGAAGCUACAGCCACAGCAAGUGGCACAACAACAGCUCAGGCAACCACCACCACAGGGCUUCAUCAGCCAACCCAACCAGUCUCACGACUCCCACGGAGGACUCUCUCAACCUGCUACCCCAGGUCAGAUGGGAUCUUCUCCCGCUUCAGCAGGGGGGAGCACACGGGUCACCCCGCAACCAACUGAGGGGCUGCAGCAGGGGGAGGGUGGUAUCCUUAGUCCCAGCUCCAGGACACCUCCACAGCAGGGUGGACCUGGACCUUCAACCCCUGGCCAGAUGACCCAACCAGGGGCUUCUGGAGAGCAACAGGCGGUAGUGGGACAACAACAGCAGCAAUACAUGGCCCAGCAGCAGCAACAGGCACCACAACAACAACCCCCUCAAAAUGCUCAUGCUGGACAUCAACAGCAAGCAGGUUACCAACAGGCUGGCAUGCACCCCCAAGUACAACAGCAGCAACCACAGCAGCAACAGCAGCUUCAACAACAACUCUCUCUACAGCGACAGAGUUCCCUCAAUGCUGAUCCCUCAAAGUCUGGUUUGGUUACCGUCAAGCAGGAAGGACAGCAGAUGUGUUACAUGGCCCAACAACAACAGCAGCAGCAACAACAACAACAACAACAGAAUCUUAUGCAGCAAGCCCAGGACCCCAUUAGACAACAACAACAUGACAAUAUGGGCCAGAUGCAAAAUGUGAUGGGUCAACAGAACCACCCUGGUCAGCCUCAGCCCGUCCCUGGUAUGCCAGGCCACCCUAGUCCCCAGCAACAGGCCCUCAUGGCCCAGCAGCAGAAGCAGCAGGCCAUGAUGGGCAUGCUUAGAGCCCAGCAGCAGGGCAUGAUGCCUGGCCAGAGGCCUGGAGGUCCACCUGGUCAGAUACGCACCCCAGUCAACAUCCAGACUAUCAUAGCCCAGAACCCCCAGCUCCGACACCUCACCCCCAACCAGCAGAUACAGCACAUCAAGGCCAUGAUCCAACAGCGCCAGCUCCAACAACAACAGGGCCAGAUGCUGAGGCUCCAGGUGGGUCAAGGACAGCCAGGCCAGAUGAGGCCCCAGGAGCCACUAGGACCAGGGCAGCAGGUGGGACAGGUCCAGAGGAUGCCUGGAGGUCUGGAAGUCCAGCAGCAGAUGCACUAUGGAGGAGUUCUUGGUAAACCAGGGGGAGUGGGCUCCCCGCAACAACCAGGAAUGAUGGGCCCCGGCCAACCACCGGGCGUGGUGACUCCUCAGAUGCAGCAGCAAGGGAUCACAGGACCUGUAGUCCAACAGCAGCAGCCAGGAGCCUCGCCUCAGUACGCUCUGAGUGUCCAACAGCAGCAGAUGAUGAUGCAGCAACAACAGGCCCUGCAACACCAGAUGAUGAGAGGCCAGGUACCCAUGGCUCGCUCCCCCAUGGGGCAGAUACGUGGUGGGCCUCCCCAGGGCCGCCUCAUAAGGCCCAUGUCUCCCCGCCAACCCUUGGCCAACUCCCCUGGUGACCCACAGCGCCACGCCAUGGCACAGGCGAUAGGGAUGCGUCAACCCAACCAAGUCAUGCAACACCAGCAACAACCACAUAUUCACAUGGCUCAACAACGCUUCCAGGGAUCUCCCUCCCACGCAGGCUCCCCUGGAGGAUCCUCAGUGCAGAAACAGGAAGCAGGCAUGAGCCCAGCUACCCCAGGAACGCCGCACUCCACCCACGUUGCCUCUCCGUCUGUAACUGACGGGGCAGCUGGGAAAGGUAGUCCUUACAGUCAGAUCAAGGCGUCUCCUCUCAGGUCACCUGGAGCAUCCAAGAGUCCCCUGGACUACCCUGGGCUUAAGGCGGGAAGUGGCGACACAACCCAUAGCCAAGUCCCUCCGAAUGGGCCUUCGCCUCAGAAGGGUGAGAGUGGACAGCAGGGCCAGCAGCAUCCACAACAGGGCUCAGAGAGCCAGGGUCGUCCUCAAUCCCCACCAGGCUCCAGAGAGGGUGCUCUGUGUAAAAUGACCCUACAGAACAUCAAACAGGAGCCCAGAGAGGUGACUUGUGAUGGAGAAGGUGGUGGUGGUCCUCACUCCGGGGCCAUCAAGAGGGAGGUGACUGGGGAGCCGGUUGGAGGGUUUGGUAACACUGGUCCUGGACCAGGAGGGGAACCCGGAGCCCACGUCCUCAGGACUGAGACAGGACAACAGCUGCUGCAGAAGCUCCUGAGGACCAAGAACCUGCAGCUGGCAGCUCAGAGGCCAUCUGACGGCAUCCACAACGAGAUCAACGGACACAUCAACAGCAAGCUGGCCAUGCUGGAGCAGAAACUACAGGGGACUCCACGCAACAUGGAGGUGAGUCAGAUAUAGGAUCUGCAGUCCAUCACAAAGAGGGCUCCUGUUGCCAAGGUAAAGCGCACCAACAAGCCUGGAGAACGAGCGCCCCAGUCCCGUAAGAAGAAGAAAGAGGAGGUUGGGAAGAGCACUGAAGCCCUGAUGAAACAACUGAAACAGGGCCUUUCUCUCCUUCCCCUGAUGGAGCCCUCCAUCACUGCCAGUCUGGACCUGUUCGCCCCCUUCGGCAGCAGCCCAGCCGACGGCAAGGCCCAGCUCAAGGGCUCCUUUGGAAAUGCAGUACUGGACAACAUCCCGGACUACUACUCUCAGCUUCUCACCAAGAGUAACCUCAGUAAUCCACCAACACCCCCGUCCUCCCUGCCCCCCACACCACCCCCCUCGGUACAGCACAAGAUGCUCAAUGGGACGACUGCUGUGGAGGAGCUGACUGAGGUACAGAAGGAGAGCGACACUAUGGAUUCUGUCACUGAGGAGGUGAAGAGUAUGGAUAUCCUUGCAGCGCUCCCCACCCCUCCUCACAACCAGAACGAGGACAUCAGGAUGGAGAGUGACGAGGACAGCGACGCUCCAGACAGUAUCGUCCCAGCGUCCUCUCCUGAGAGUGACCUAGGCGACGAGGCGCCACGCUUCCCUCGCCUCCGAGAACCCAAAGAGGAGGAGACGGAGAGAACCAUCUCCCCUACCAUACCACUCAUCCCCCGCACUGCCAUCCCAGUGUUUCCAGAGAACAAGCCGUUUGAAGCAGCGGCUGACAAGUUGGCGUCUACAACCAACUCCUGGGACAAAGCCAAGAGCAACGAGGUGGCUGUGACCUUCACACUGACCUCCGCUGCAGCCAAGAAUCUGAACCAUGUAAUGGUGGCUGUGGCUCAGCUCCUCCACAUGCGGAUGCCUGGUUCCUAUGAGGUGGCUUUCUCUCCCAGCCCGAGCAGAGCAGGAGCCUCAGGACCAGGGAAAAGCCCCGAACAACCAGGUACUGGACCGCCAGAUGGUAGUUCAGCCAGCCAGGACGCAGAGUGGCUCAGGCAGUUUGAUGUUUCUCUGCCAGGCUGCACUCUGAAGAAACAGGUGGACAUCCUCUCACUCAUCAAACAGGAGUUCCCCGAACAGGAGGACAAACCGGUUCAACACUGUUACACCACCAACGUGUCUGACCUGGAUGUCCGCCAUCUUCCCGUCAUCCCUGUCCAGGAUUCCCCGCCCUCCUCUCCCUCUCCUCCUCCUGUCCCCGCUCCUCCUAGUGAACCUGAGCCUCCCACACAGCCAGCCUCCCCCUCCCAGCCAACCUCCCCCUCUCAGCUAGCCUUUCCCUUUCAAGUUCCCUCCAGCCCUGCUCAGACCACCGUUCAGGUCAAAAUGGAGCCUGCCACCGCCGCUGUUCAGAUCAAAACGGAGACUGAGGCUGAGGAGGCCAUCCUUCCCCCUCCUGACCCUGUCCUUGUCCCCGACUCUGACCCUGGUGCUGACACUAAGGCUCCUGUUCUUGACUCUGCUGAGGCUCCUGCUGCUCAGGCGGACUAUGAUGCCAAGCCUGCUGACCAGCCAGCCCCCCAUCCCCAGGACACCCCCACCUCCCCCACAGCCAGCCUGGAGGUGAUCUCCCCCAAGGUGAAGCACCGCAGCAGGCCCCUCUCCCCCGACCCUGAGGAGAUGGUGGUCCGGCCCAAGGUGAAAAAGUGGAAGGGCCUCCGAUGGAAGCGUCUCCAGAUCGUCAUCACCAUCCGUAAAGGAGGCUCCAAGAAGGAGAGCAGCCGCGGGGUCUCAGAGCUCAUGGAGCGUCUGCGCAUCACCCUGAGGCCUGACAAGCUGCCCCGGGACAAACGCAAGUGCUGCUUCUGCCACGAGGAGGGCGACGGCGCCACGGACGGCCCCGCCAGGCUCCUCAACAUCGAUGUGGACCUGUGGGUUCAUCUCAACUGCGCCCUGUGGAGCACGGAGGUGUACGAGACGCAGGGAGGCGCGCUGAUGAACGUCGAAAUGGCGUUGAGGCGCGGUCUCCGCACCCGCUGUGCCUGCUGCCAGAAGACGGGCGCCACCAACAGCUGCAACCGCCUGCGCUGCCCCAACGUCUACCACUUCGCCUGCGGCAUCCAGGCCCGCUGCAUGUUCUUCAGGGACAAGACCAUGCUGUGCACCCAACACAAACUGAAAGGACCCAGCGAGGAGGAGCUGACGGGCUUCUCCGUGUUCCGCCGGGUCUACAUAGAGAGAGACGAGGUCAAGCAGAUCGCCAGCAUCUUACAACGCGGCGACCGCAUCCACCUGUUCCGCGUUGGGGGCCUCAUCUUCCACGCCGUAGGUCAGCUGCUGCCGUCUCAGAUGCAAGCCUUCCACUCCCCUACCGCCAUCUUCCCCGUGGGCUACGAGGCUACCAGGAUCUACUGGAGCACACGGGUGCCUAACCGCCGGUGUCGGUAUCGUUGUCGUAUCAGCGAGACGGAGGGAAGGCCGCUGUUCGAGGUACGGGUGCUGGAGCAUGGACAGGAGGACCUGCACUACCGCGACACCAGCCCAGAAGGUAUCUGGGACAGAGUGGUUCAGUCUGUAGCUAAGCUGAGAGAGGAGUCUGCCAUGCUGAAGCUGUUCACUGACCAUGUGAAGGGGGAGGACAUGUACGGCCUCACGGUCCACGCCGUUCUGCGCAUUACUGAGUCGUUGCCUGGAGUGGAGAGCUGCCAGAACUACGUGUUCCGAUACGGUCGCCACCCUCUGAUGGAGCUGCCGCUCAUGAUCAACCCCACUGGCUGCGCCCGCUCCGAGCCCAAGAUCCUCACACACUGCAAGAGGCCUCACACCCUGAACAGUACGUCCAUGUCCAAGGCCUACCAGAGCACCUUCACCGGUGAGAUCAACACCCCCUACAGCAAGCAGUUUGUCCACUCCAAGUCCUCCCAGUACCGGCGUCUGAAGACAGAGUGGAAGAACAACGUCUACCUGGCUCGUUCACAGAUCCAGGGGCUGGGGCUAUACGCUGCCAAGGACCUGGACAAACACACCAUGGUCAUCGAGUAUAUAGGAACCAUCAUCCGCAACGAGGUGGCCAACCGCCGCGAGAAGAUCUACGAGGAACAGAACCGUGGGAUCUACAUGUUCCGCACCAACAACGAGCAUGUGAUCGAUGCCACUCUGACUGGCGGCCCAGCUCGCUAUGUCAACCACUCCUGUGCCCCCAACUGUGUUGCCGAGGUGGUGACGUUUGACAAAGAGGACAAGAUCAUCAUUAUCUCCAGUCGCCGGAUCCCCAAGGGAGAAGAGCUGACGUACGACUAUCAGUUUGACUUUGAGGACGAUCAGCACAAGAUCCCUUGCCACUGCGGAGCCUGGAAUUGCCGAAAGUGGAUGAACUAAACGAACGGGGAAAAACAGAGCGAAAAACAGAGAGGGGGGGAGAGAGGGGAGUCCCUUCUUUCUCCUGGGUGCCAGAACAGAACACUCCUGCUGCGCCAAAGCCUAUAGAGUCUUUAGAACUACUUACCCAGUUCAUAAGCUGUUCGUAAGCUGACGAACGAGGAGGGAAAUCUAACCUCCAAAUCAAUAAGAUGAAGACGUUUGCAUUCACACCUGUAGCCAAAGGUUUGAAUAGCAUUACUGAUUCUGAACGCAAACAAACCCACCUCUAUUGACAUCCAGCCGAAUGGUGGGACAAUCUCUUUGUGGAUGAACUGUGUCCUCUGCCAAAAGCAACUCUUUCCUCUACCUACCUACCUACCGCUCCCCCCUUCAAUAACUAUGGCUGGAAUACAAUCCUCUAAACUUACCAAAUGUUCUGAUUCUAUGUGAUAUCAAUACUCUCUUAGGACAGAUCUCACCUAGAGCUUUGAAGAAAGAAGCCAUUUUAAGUACAAAGAACAAACGAAUGCAUUUUCUUUUUUAGGGUCUUACCUAUCCUAUUCUUCUUCUCCUCCCGCACUCCCCCUCUUCCUAACCUAACCCUUAAGGAAAAGACACUCUCCUGUCGUCAUUGGUGGAGAUUGACUCCCCAACGUGGAUAUUAUUGGCUAGCUAGACAAUCCUGAAGACAGUGGCUCUGAGUCUGUAUAGAAGAAUGACGUAUCGCUGAUGGAGACGGAGUAGAAAGAUUUCUGAUACUAUAAAGGUUGACCUCUAGAGGCACCAGACAUAAAGGUUUUAUUGGCCUGACUGACUAAAGGAGUUUAUAAAAGGUGGGUUAGUUGGACCCCCAGUCUACCUCAUUGAUCUAGUGGGAGUGACUGCUUACUUUGUGUAAAAACUGCUACUGUGGAAAAGGGGGAAGAAAGGUGUCGGUGGGAAUGUUAUCAUUAGGCUAAUAAUAUAGCCUUCUCGGACAAGCAGGGAAACUUAAACUAGCAGCCGGUUUGCUCUAUCUAUUCUAUGCUGAUUUUACAAUAAUGAGCCAACAAUAUUAUUCCUCAUUAAUUAUGUAUACAGACGGAAUAAAUUAUAUGAUCUUUUUUUUUUUAGAUAUCGCAUUAAGAUCAAUCACAAGCUUAACAGGUAUCAUGAGAUGACUCCUGAUCAUCCUGGAUUUCAUGUAGCUACUUUUUUUGUUGCCCUUCUCUGCAUAUUUAUAACGCAUUUAGAUAUCAUGCUUCUUAGUUGACAAUGCACAGUAACAUCUAACCUUACGCUGCGGAGGACUGAGCGAGGGAUUGGCGCUUCAACACGUAAAGCGAAGCAGGAUCACUGCGCUAAUGUAAUAAGUCUGGCAAGACGAUCAAGUUCAACUAAUGAGUGAAGUGUAAUGUAUGCUUGCUGCUUUAUGCCUUCUGGUCACACAUUAAGCAGAAAGCUUGCGGGUAAUAAUGCAAGACAAGACUACUAUCCCAUUUGUUUCCCACCUUUUAGUCCUUGAACUCCCAUCUGCAUUUUAAUAUUUUCUUUUCUCGAAUGACGUCAACCAUGAAUCUAGCAUCUUCCUCUCUAUAUCAUGUAGUGGACUGUUGUAAACUUUACUGUAGUGAGUCUUUCUCUGCCUGGCCCUGCCUGUCUAACCACACCACAGCUAGGUGUGUUUCUAAAGAUCCCUGUGUUGUGGUUUUCUAGUGGUAGUACGGUCUUCUAUACUGGAGUCUUGAAUCAAGGGCAGGGGAAGACUUGUAAAAAAAGGGCAUUUAUUUUUAUUUUAAUGAAAUGAAUAACAAAGUAGAUCUUCAAAGGGGAGAGUUCUGAAGUCUCCAUGGCGAUGUCACCUGUACUACUUUGUCCCCUCUACCCUAAAACCUCACGUAAGAAAAAUGCAAAAGUGUACAAACUGUAUAUAUAUUCUAUAGGGGGGCAACAAACUCUUUAUCCAACCCCUUUUUAAUCAAUAAAAAUCUAAAAUUGUAGAGAAAUAAAUCAACCACUGGAUAUCAUUUUAUCAAAGAUUAUGCUGUGUGUGUGUAUAUAUAUAAAUAUAUGUAAAAUGGAGUGUUUUUGCAUUUACCUGUUUUUCUAUUAGCAUUUUUUGCUAUAAGCUUUCAAAGACAGUUUGUUAAAAUAGGUAUGUGAAGAUGUCUGGUCUUCUCCAAUGACUUGGAUGAGAAGCCAAGAGUGAAAGAAUGUUGUAGAUGCAUAAUGGAAAGUUGUCAACAUUAUUACAACUUUGAGAAAUCACUUGAAGGGUGCAUAGCAUUUGUGUAUUUAUGUCAAAUUGUUCACCUAUUUGUUCAUUUACUUUUAAUGUAUGCUACUAGUCAAUUUUACCAAAACCUCUCUCCCUUGAUUGGUCACAAUUGGAUCAUUAGUAUACGGAAAAUCUUUAACUUCUCCCUGGCUAGGAUAUUAGUUAAAUAUGAUUGGUGUUUUAUCUUCCCUAUAGAAGUGAAUGUGUUGGUAUACCUUGUGAAAACAGGCUACUCGGUCUGAUGUUAUGACUAAAUAUUCAAAGUUAACCCUGUACUUACCUGAGAAUAAAUUGCACUCAAUAGUACUUCUAAGUGGUAGAUAUUGCUAAAGUAUGAGUCAGUGAUAUUUUUUUCUUGUCAUGUUUAUUUGAAGGGAAGACCAUUAGACAUUUUGCCGCUCACUGGAUUUUAGCCUAAGUAACUUCUUCCUACCUUCUAUCAUGUUUGAAUAUCUAAAUUAAGUUCUCUGCAUAUCUUAAAUUAAAUAAAGAGCUUGCUAAAAGUUGAACUUUUUUUACCUAACUUUUUAAAAAUGUUUUACAUCUGUACAGCUGAGCUACUUUUAGGGAAUAUGAAUAAUUUUUAUUGUAUGUGGCAUGUUUUGUAUGGAUAUAAUUUUGAAUUGUACAUAGGACGACAGAGUUUUUUUUCUAUACAGCCCCCCCUCCCCCCCAUCCAUUUGUCUCUGCUUUUAUUUCUUUUAAAGAAAAAUAAAAUGCAUUUUAAAUAUAA